AUGGUCUUCGAUACAGAAUGCAUGCUGACUGACCCCGUGUCUAUGACUGAGCGAUAUGAGAGACAGAGGGAGGAGUCUAGAAGGCAGCGCCACGUGCAUAUCGACAAGAGGUUCGACAAGCUUGAAGAGAAGGAAACUGUAGGGGCCGCCUGCAGGGUGUGCGAAGCUGCCAUUCACGUCAGCGAGAGGGAAGCGAUGACAGCCCUUGACGAGAACGGAGGGGACGAGGCGAAAGCGAUCGAAGACCUGAUGGAUUACGAAUACUUGCAGCGGAUCAGGAAGAAAGUCUGUGAGGGGGCCAAGGUAGAAACGGGCAAGCCGAUCUCGCCCAAGGAUCGAAAGCUCAACGGCAGGGCUUCAAGGAAAGCAUCUGACAAGUGCGUACCUCAACGUGAAUGUCCUCCUCUCCCUCCACUGGAUGCGGUGGAUACCACAGGAUGGAGCGCAGAGCGGUUGACUGCGUACGGGAGGGUACAGGAGCUGCCCAACCUCUACUUGUACUCGUAUCCUGCUCCUGGCAAGACUCAGCGACACGGAGCAUGGUCUCCUCAAGAGCAUGAGCGCUUCAUGAUGCAGUCAGAAGCCUUCGGGGGUUGGGAUAAACUCAACAGCCCGCAAACACAGUGGGGUAUCUUUGCCUUGGGGGUGGAGAGCAGGGUUGGGUAUCAGUGCAGCAACUAUUACAUCUACUUGAACAAGCGAAGGGGAGAGAGGAAGCGACGCGAUACAGCAUGA